AUGCCUAACAGAGCCCCCCUGUCUGCCGAAGAGGUCCUCCGAUUGUCGCGGACUCGCAAGAAGAUAAAGGCAGUAGUCGCUAGAAGGGACGAUAGAGCUCGUCGCGAGCGGCCUUCAGCGGAGAGCAUCUUAGUAGGGAGGACCGGAGACAGGUCGAAGCUGCCUGAGAAUACAGGCGGCUCUGUGGAGGGACGAAUACUCACUUUUAAAGACAUAAUUCAGAUCAUCCGUGAAGACCUAUACAUGCCGUCGCUCACCAUCAGCGAUGACGAUCUCAAGCUUCUCUUCCGCACGUUGUUGGACUCCUCUCGUUACCAGAGGCCGCCACCGUCCGUGGAUAAGAGUGGGAAAAUGAGAAGACCGCCUCAGGCUAUACUAGUCGAGGAGUUCGUAAGGUUUAUCACUAGAGAAGGCCUUGAGCUCAAGGUAGUUGAUAGGAAUAAUGAGUUGGUGAAGUCGUUGAGGGUACGCAGGAUAGUUAAGCUAGCUAUACAACAGUACUUGAAGAGGACACAGCUGCAGGGCUUCGAGGCGGGGUUGAGAGAAGAUGACCUCACAGAGGAACGGCAACUCGGGGAUCUGUUUCGGAAAUAUGACAAGGAGAAACGAGGCGACUUGUCUAUGGUUGGAUUCACUCGUAUCAUCCGGAAAGAACUACAGAUCAGCAACUGGGACGUUAAUGCUGAGAGACUUCAACAGAUGUUCCAGGCCCUCGAGGCUGGGGAUGAGGAUGUCUGCACAUCCCCUUCGAAGACGGUUCGGGAAGAACUCGCUAGGCGUUCGACAGGCAUCUAUGACUGCGAAAUGGUAAGAUCGGAAAUUGUAGAUCCCCUCCUAAACCCGUCAGAGGUGGGUAGUCAGGCCUUUGAGAAGAAGCUGAAUAAGAAGUCAUCGGCUCGGCAACACCCAUUUGAAGGGGCACAUGAUGGAAGCGUGGAACUUGGGCUGGAUCCCGAUCGUGAAUCAGAGGAUCCGGAUGAGCGCUUGGUUAAGAUUGGUGUUGAUGUUGAUGUAACGCGUUUGAAGCGGAGCAUGUCUUGUGGCGGUUACAUGUGA